AGCUUGGAGAUAGGCUACAAGAGUUCAGUGACAGAACAAAGACCUGGUUGCUAGGGUCAGGAAUAAACACCAGAAGCUUGGAGAAGGAGAGAUGGAGUCCUAGCUCCUGGUCCCCUUUCUCACCACCCCCAAUCCUCUAGGUCAUCUGAGAUGUCACCUUCUACUUAAACAUCAUCUCCUUGGUUUCAGACCUUAACUGUGGUCUCUGACUUCUGCUUAGUUCCGCAUUCUCUACCCAUUUGCACGGAGGACCACCACCUUCUCUUCCUGGAAUCUCUGAGGUGUUUCUGCUUGCCACAUGCUCUAAUCACCAGUCCUGCUAACUCAGCUGAGAUGGAUGCAUCCACCCUCUCCAAAACUUUUAAGCCUACUCCUGAUCUCAAUCAAGAGUCUUCGAACUCUAAGAUUAUCUUUGCCUUAUUUGAGAUUGAAUCACCUUCCUUUGUCUCCUGGGGUUCUUUCCCUUCCCUAAACAAUAGUGGCCGUCAAGCAGCUCAACAACAGACUACACAGAAAUUUGAAAAUCUCUUAAAAGAAAUUAAAGAGCUAAUUAAAAAUGUGACAAGUUGUGAAGAGAUCACAGAAGCAAAAGAUUCAUCUGAGGAAACCAGUAUUUCUGAGAAUGUAUCAGAACUGAAAGAACAAAUCAGAGAACUUGAGAAGGUAAACAAAGUAUUAUUGAACAACCUGCUUGGUAGUUCAGACCUAGAGAAAGAACAGAACACCAAAAACGAAGAAAUGACCCUGGGACAUCAGAACUGCAGCGACACGGUACCAGUUUUUAGAAGGGAUUUGGUAAAUUGUCCAGAAGAAAAUAGAGCCCUUAAGGAAACUCGACUAAGUGAGGAAAAAGCAACAUACAGAUUCCCUCCUGUUCAAGAAGAAAACAUCAAACUUAGGAACAACAUGGAGCAGUUACUGCAGGAAGCAGAACACUGGAAUAUGCAACACACUGAGCUCAGUGAACUGAUAAGAUCCUAUCAGAAAUCUCAGAAAGAUAUACAAGAAACUCUUAGAGAUAAUGGAGUGCAUUUCCAAACUCAACCAAAUCACGACAUGUCAGCUAAGCAUGACCUGGAGGAACAAGUGAAGAAACUGGAACAUGACACGUAUUCAUUGCAUUUGAUUGCAGCUUUGCUGGAAAAUGAAUGUCAGAUCUUGCAGCAGAGAAUAGAGUUUCUCAAGGAACUGCAUGAUCAGCAAGAGGGAACUCUGCAAGAGAAGCCAAUUCAGAUAAACUCUGAACAGGACAAGAAAAACCAGACACUAUCAGUAGAGCAUAAGCCAAAAAUGCAAGAAAGAGAGGGUACAUUGCUGAAAAAAGAUAAAUUCUACAGAGGCCUGGAUGCUUCUAGUAAGAAAGCACUUAACAACCACCUCAAUACUCAUAUUGCAAGAGGAUCUCUUGUGGAAAAAAAGAGACCAACCAGCAGCCUAUCUUAGAAAAUACGAAAGGUAGAAGAAAAGGGAAGUCUUCAAAAACUUAAUACCUCAACUCCAGGCAUACUCAAUCAUGAAACCUAUGACAGAGCUAUUGGUUCAACCAAGAGGGAGCUACAGAGCAAGAAGAUUAACGCUUAACAUUAUUCAUUACGUCAGUAGUUAUGUAAGUUUGGUGUUUCAUGACCAUUAGUGUCAAUAUCCACUUCAGAACCUGUCAUACAAUUUCCUUCUUUUGGUAGUUAUUAGAGAUCCUAUGACACUGUAACCAAGAGGGAGAAGUUACAGGUCCAAUUAAUAAAGAUCUAAGUAAAAACUAGAAUGAACAAUGAAAAGUUGUUUUUUUUUUC